AUGUCAAUGCUGAUAGCCUUGGUGAUAUGGGGCGACACAGCAGUUCACACACCCACCGAGAUGAUUGAGCAACGACGAAUGGGUUUGCUGCGAAACUACUUUCGUAUGCUAAAUGCUGAUAUUUACGAGAACCAUACUGCCUUGAUGCAUGUGGUGACUGAUCACAUCGCAGCGGCUCGGAACCACCUCAGCGAUGCCUUCCUCAUGGAGGCCUUCCAGAGUCUGUACCUAUCAUGGCCUUUUGGAGUAGCCGUGACCGCGGAGAUCUUCCUCUUCACGGCCACAGUGCUCUACCUUACCCGAAAAGAUUUUAAGGCGGCACCUCAACAACUGCCUGUUUAA